CCUCAUCUGACUGCAAAAAGGAGGAAUGACUCCGUGUAAGAGAGAUGGCAGCUGGAGGCCCCAGGGAGAAAAGAAAGGAAAGAAGAUGUUUGAUUAGGGAACAGCAAUGGAAACCUUCGAUGUACAGCAGCAUAACUCCUAUCUGCUUUGCAAGCCCUCUGCUUGAGAAGCCGGUUGGCAAAGAAAGCAUGCCUCAGACUCCUCCGUUUUCUGCCAUGUUUGACAGCAGUGGUUACAACCGAAACCUUUAUCAGUCUGCAGAGGAUAGCUGUGGAGGGUUGUAUUACCAUGACAACAACCUCCUCUCCGGGUCUCUGGAAGCGCUCAUCCAGCACUUGGUACCCAAUGUGGAUUAUUAUCCGGAUAGGACAUACAUAUUUACCUUCCUAUUGAGUUCUCGGUUAUUUAUGCAUCCGUAUGAGCUAAUGGCCAAAGUUUGCCACUUGUGUGUUGAGCACCAGAGACUAAGUGAUCCUAAUAGUGAUAAGAAUCAGAUAAGAAAAAUUGCACCGAAGAUUCUUCAACUUCUGACAGAAUGGACAGAAACGUUUCCUUACGAUUUUCGGGAUGAAAGAAUGAUGAGAAACUUAAAAGACCUGGCUCACCGAAUAGCCAGUGGCGAGGAGACGUAUCGGAAGAAUGUCCAGCAGAUGAUCCAGUGUCUGAUCCGCAAGCUGGCCGCUCUCAGCCAGUACGAAGAGGUGCUGGCCAAAAUCAGUUCCACGUCGACGGAUCGACUCACAGUCCUCAAGACCAAGCCACAGUCCAUCCAAAGGGACAUCAUCACGGUCUGCAGUGACCCUUACACGUUGGCCCAGCAGCUGACUCAUAUAGAGCUGGAGAGGCUCAAUUACAUUGGCCCAGAAGAAUUUGUUCAGGCCUUUGUGCAGAAGGACCCUUUGGACAAUGACAAGAGUUGCUACAGUGAACGGAAGAAAACACGGAACUUAGAAGCCUACGUAGAAUGGUUUAAUCGCCUCAGCUACUUGGUUGCUACAGAAAUCUGCAUGCCUGUAAAGAAGAAGCAUCGAGCAAGGAUGAUUGAGUAUUUCAUUGACGUGGCUCGGGAGUGUUUUAACAUUGGCAACUUCAAUUCCUUGAUGGCAAUAAUCUCUGGCAUGAACAUGAGCCCCGUCUCUCGACUGAAAAAAACUUGGGCCAAAGUGAAAACUGCCAAGUUCGAUGUUCUUGAGCAUCAAAUGGACCCUUCGAGCAAUUUCUAUAAUUAUCGAACAGCUCUUCGUGGGGCAGCGCAAAGGUCUUUAACUGCUCAUAGCAGCAGAGAGAAGAUUGUGAUACCAUUCUUCAGUCUGUUAAUCAAAGAUAUUUAUUUCCUCAAUGAGGGCUGUGCCAACCGCCUUCCCAACGGCCAUGUCAACUUUGAGAAAUUUUGGGAACUGGCCAAACAAGUGAGUGAAUUCAUGACGUGGAAACAAGUGGAGUGUCCAUUUGAGAGGGACCGGAAGAUCUUACAGUAUCUGCUCACAGUACCAGUCUUCAGUGAAGACGCUCUCUACUUGGCUUCCUAUGAAAGUGAAGGACCUGAAAAUCAUAUAGAGAAAGACAGAUGGAAGUCCUUAAGAUCCAGCCUCCUGGGCAGAGUUUAACACAUAGGCUGCUGGUCGCUGCUGUUGCUGCCGCCGCCGCUGCAUCACAUAGAUCAUCGAGGGGCUGGCCUUUGUGUUCGGGCCUCUUGUGCUACAAAAAAAAAUCAUGAAGUCCCUGCAAGCACGCUCCCUCAAGAGCAGAUGGGGACCUUGCUCCCCGCAGCUGACAGAUUGACUCAGAUUCUGUGAGACUGAAAUGUUCACUGAGGACACUUGAGAAAGAAUCCUCUAAGGGUCCCAGCUCUGCAAUGAUUCAUCUCCUGGAAUUUCCAUGUGAAUCACAGCUCUGCACCUGGAUGGAGCUUUCUUUUGUGUGUGUGUGUGUGUGUGUGUGUUUGUUUUUGUUUUUUUUUUAAUUUGGUUCAACAUUUGCUGCUAAUGGGACUUGCCCCGCUGAGGGCUGGCUCUUAGGAAGCCCAUGUUUCUUUGUUAACUUAAAAGAAAAAGGGAGAGAAGGGAGGGGAAGCAAGCCUUCCUUUUAGAUCCCAAACUGCAGCUCAGUGGCGUUGCCCCGGAGGGAUCAGGCUGGCUGGAAGCCAACCUCGGACUUAGUUUCCCUGAGCUCGGGCCGUGUUGUGAAUUCCCCUCUUCCCUCUUCCUAUGAGGUUUUGAGUUGGCUGCUGGUUAGCAAACUCCUUUUUACCCAUAUAAGUUAUUUAAUAUAAUAAGCUCAACACUGUGGUAGGAAAAUAGCCACUAGGAAAAAAAAGGCAGAGUUUGUCAUUGGACUGCGUAACGUUCUAGAACGACUGUUUUCUUUGCCCUUCUGAGCUGUUUACAACUGACCACUGUGUUCUACGGAUGUAUUUUUUUUAGUAGUAUUUUUGUUACUUAGUUUUCCACAAUGUGUAUUAUUUUUUCCUCUUGUAAAUUUAAAUUAUCUGACUGUAAGGGUCUUGGGAGAAAAAAAACCCCGUGGUCUAAUUACAAUUUAAUUUUUUAACAGUCUGUUAUUUUUUCAUUACCUUUUGGAAUCUGUUGGCAACUGAACAUGUAAACAGAAAACAAAUUGGUAAAGUUACCCCCCGCCCCCUACCCACUAGAGCAGUGAACAAAACAAAUGAGAAACAUCUUGCUGUUAACUCAAGAGGUCGAUCUAAUUGUGAAAUAGUUCACCUUGUUAAACAUCUAAACAAAUCUGUAGUUGCUCUGCAAACAGCCAUUAUAUUUAUUUACUCUAGGAGAAUCUGUAGAGUAGUAAACUGUGCUAAUGAAAAAAAAAACAAGACAUCAUGUUCAAAACAGAGAUGUAUUUGAAAACUUAAUGACAUGGUUUCAAAAAACAGAGCAUGUCUGUAUACUGCACGCCAUCUCAGCAGACCGAAAAUGUCUCUAAGCUGUCCUUUUACAACCAUCAAUAUAUUUGACACUCUGCGGCCUGGA